AUGUUCUCUCCAAGCCAAGCAACAUGCGAUACGUUAUCAUUCGACACCUUCAAUGACACGCUCGCUACUGGUUUUGGCGCUGAUUUCGCUGGCACCCCAUUCUACCCACUCAGCAGGAUGGAUGAACGCCGACUUCUAGAAAGUGUUAUUUCAGGGAAAUGUGAUUUGUCUACCCCGCCAAAAUCGUGGUUGGUGACAAGGUGUGUUGGAAUACAGAAGUGGGCGACGGCUGGAGUUCCAGCUGACGGCGACCAAUUCUGCGUAACAGCGGAGGCGCACGAGCGUAUCGGUAGUGCGGUGAAUAAUAGUACAAGGAAAGCGCAGGCAGCCCCGGCAUUAGACCCCCUACCCGUACGAGAGGGUAUUCGCAUCUCGGAAGCACAUCAACUGUGGUGGAAGGUCGACUACCACGUGGAUCUCUCCGACGACAUGCUACGAGAAGCGAAACACCUCUCUCGCAAUGGCCGCGAUCACUGGGAUAAUCCUGACAACAUGUGCGUCAUGGAUGACCCUCAAAUUCACGUCUGCGUUCCUUUCUGUGCUGCACAAAAGCAAAAAAUUAUCAUAGAAGCAGCCCUGACCCAAGGGAAGCCUCAAGGCGUUGCUGAUUCGAUCGAGAAGUCGCUAAACAGCACGGGAUGGGCUAUAACUGUGCUACAGGUCGAUUUCAAUAAUCCAGCAGCACAUCUGAAUGUGACCAGUUUUCCUGAUCUGAAUGUCUGGUGCAGCGUUUACAUUGGCAUCGAUCCUCGACUAGGAUUUCCAUACCUCUACGAGGUCCAACUUGCCAAAGUGAUCCAAUUUCAAUAA